AUGUAUCAUGGCGGCCCGGGCAUGUCUCCUGCUGCCGCCGGCGGUCGUGGCGGCACGGCCAGGAAGGUCGCGCCAUGGAUCCUCGCCUGCGGCUUCCUGCUCUGCUCGUCCGUCCUUUUCCUGGUCAUACGCAAGUACGUAAGGUCGUCUCCUAGAUCGCAUCCCGGCGAAUCCAGUCAGAGAGCUGAAGGCGCCAUUGGUGUGAACUACGGCAUGAUCGCCAACAACCUGCCGACGCCGGACAAGGUGAUCGCCAUGUACAAGGCCAACAAAAUCAGCUACGUCCGCCUCUUCCACCCGGACACGACCGUCCUCACCGCGCUCCGGGGCACGGGCAUCGGCGUCGUCCUCGGCACGCUCAACGAGGACCUCGCCCACCUCGCCUCCGACGAGUCCUUCGCGGCCUCGUGGGUGGCCUCCUACGUCAAGCCCUUCGCCGGCGCCGUGACGUUCCGGUACAUCACGGCCGGCAACGAGGUCAUCCCGGGCGACCUUGGCACGCACGUCCUCCUCGCCAUUAGGAACAUCGAGACCGCGCUCAAGGCGGCGGGCGUCACCGGCGUCCCGGUCACGACGGCCGUGGCCACGUCAGUGCUGGGCGUCUCGUACCCGCCGUCGCAGGCCGCGUUCUCUGAGGCGUCGGCGCCGGUGAUGGCGCCGCUGGUGGCGUACCUGUCGGCGAAGAAGGCGCCGCUGCUGGUGAACGUGUACCCGUACUUCGCGUACGCGGCGGAGCCGGAGACGGUGCAGCUCGGGUACGCGCUGCUGGCCGGGUCGAGCGCGACGUCCAAGAUCAAGGUGGCAGCGGUGGCGGACGGCGGGCUGGUGUACACCAACAUGUUCGACGCGAUCCUGGACGCGGCGCACGCGGCGGUGGAGAAGGCCGGCGCGCAGGGGCUGGAGCUGGUGGUGUCGGAGACCGGGUGGCCGUCGGGCGGCGGCGGGACGGGCGCCACCGUGGAGAACGCGGCGGCGUACAACAACAACGUGAUCCGGCACGCGGCGUCGGGCGCCGGCACGCCGCGGCGGCCGGGCAAGGCCGUGGAGACGUACCUGUUCGCCAUGUUCAACGAGAACCAGAAGCCCGAGGGCACGGAGCAGCACUUCGGGCUCUUCCAGCCGGACAUGAGCGCCGUCUACCCCGUCGACUUCGCCGCCGGCGCCUACUGA